CUGGUAGGAUCCAUUAUGGUACAGGCAGCAUCCUGCAGCACAAUGGUGAGCGCGCAGUGAUUCAGCAUCGCAAACUCAGACUUUAAUCCUUCUCUUUUUGUUUCAUCUACAUUGUUUUCUUUAUAUCUGUUUGAUUCGUCCUCCCAGUGGUCUUUAAAACCGUCGCCUAACGGGAUGUUUUGAACAGGACUUGACUGUCACCGGAUCGGGAUCGUCGGACGGGCAGCUGGCACGGAAUGGUAUUUAUGAACAGACGUUUCUUAUAUAACUGCAGUGCUCCAGUCCUGGAUGUGAAGAUUGCCUUUUGUCAGGUGUGUGUUCCAUACAGGUAAAUUAAAAGGGGUUUGGUAAACAAGUUGAUGUUUCUUACAUUGCCAAGCAUUACAACAUGAGCAAAAGCAAAGUGGACAACCAGUUCUACAGUGUGGAAGUAGGAGAUUCCACCUUCACGGUUCUCAAACGGUACCAAAAUCUAAAGCCCAUCGGUUCUGGGGCUCAGGGAAUAGUGUGUGCUGGAUAUGACGCCGUCCUGGACAGAAAUGUGGCCAUUAAGAAACUCAGCAGACCUUUUCAGAACCAGACUCAUGCCAAGAGAGCAUACAGGGAGCUGGUGCUUAUGAAAUGUGUCAAUCACAAAAACAUCAUCAGCUUAUUAAAUGUCUUCACACCACAGAAGUCUUUAGAGGAAUUCCAAGAUGUUUACCUGGUCAUGGAGCUGAUGGACGCAAACCUUUGCCAGGUGAUUCAGAUGGAACUUGACCAUGAGAGGAUGUCCUACCUGCUGUACCAGAUGUUGUGUGGAAUCAAACACCUGCACUCAGCCGGCAUCAUCCACAGGGAUCUGAAACCUAGCAAUAUUGUUGUGAAAUCCGACUGUACGCUGAAGAUCUUGGACUUUGGGUUGGCGAGAACUGCUGGCACUAGCUUUAUGAUGACACCUUACGUGGUGACGCGGUACUACAGGGCCCCGGAGGUCAUCCUGGGCAUGGGCUACAAGGAGAACGUGGAUAUUUGGUCAGUUGGUUGCAUCAUGGGAGAAAUGGUGCGCCACAAAAUUCUGUUCCCCGGCAGGGAUUACAUUGACCAGUGGAAUAAGGUUAUAGAGCAGCUUGGCACGCCCUCCCCUGAGUUCAUGAAGAAAUUGCAGCCAACAGUGCGUAACUACGUGGAGAACAGGCCAAAAUACGCCGGCCUGACCUUCCCCAAACUCUUCCCUGAUUGCCUCUUCCCUGCAGACUCGGAGCACAACAAACUCAAAGCUAGUCAGGCCAGAGACUUGCUGUCUAAGAUGUUGAUCAUUGAUCCUGCUAAGCGGAUAUCAGUGGACGAGGCCCUGCAGCACCCCUACAUCAACGUGUGGUACGACCCGGCCGAAGUGGAGGCAGCCAGGAAUCAGCCGAUAUCUAUGCCUCCUCCACAGAUCUAUGAUAAACAGCUAGAUGAGAGGGAACACUCGAUUGAUGAAUGGAAAGAGCUCAUCUAUAAAGAGGUGAUGAACUUCGAGGAGAGAACAAAGAAUGGUGUGGUGAAGGGACAGCCCUCUCCCUCAGGUGCAGCCAUGAACAACAGCGAGAGCCUCCCCCCCUCCUCCUCCGUCAACGACAUCUCCUCCAUGUCCACCGACCAGACCUUGGCCUCUGAUACCGACAGCAGCCUGGAGACAUCCGCCGGACCGCUGGGGUGCUGCAGGUGACUAACCGCCUGCCUGCGCAACCCCAUGUUCUUCAGAAGGUGAACGGCACCCGUGAACCCAAAUGAGAAAUCCACAAACCUCUAAAACAUGUAAUUAUGGAAUAAAAAAAUGAGUUAAUAUACAGCGCCCUCUACAGGGCAAAGAUAUAUAUAUAUAUAUAUACGUACAAAAUAAUGUGUCACGCGUAAAUGACAACAAAGUAUGCAUUUUCAUUCAAAGAAAUGGCUGAAUAUGUAUAUUUAUGAAUCUUCACUAGUUGCUUUGCUUUGAAUCCCCCUCAUGUGGCAUUUAAAAAUAUAAGAAGACUUCAAAAAAGGAAGAAAAAAAUUGGGCAUCAAUGUAAAGUGUAUAUCGACUGGCUGAUAUCUAAUACCUUACAAUUUUCUGUGCAUCACUUGAUGUGGCAGGGUGGGCUUUUAUUUUAAUGGUCACUGAUCAACCCUUAUUUUCUGUGAUGGUUAUUAGCUGGUGCCGAAACUCUCUGGUGUUUUUGGACGGGCCGGUGUGUCUGUAUGCGAUUUCACCUCUAAGGAAAAAAAUACCAUGUACAAUGGCACCCCCUAUCUUUUGUAUAUAUGUAAUUGUGUACAGUUGUGAGGUGUUUUCAGUGUGGGACUGACGGCCAGUAGAGGGAGUAUUUGCACACCUUGCCACAUCACAGCAAAUCACCCGUUUCCCUUUGCCUGUAGUCUUGCAUGGUCAGAGAAACAAGUAAUUAAGCUUAUUAAACAUAUACAAAUAUAGAGAACCCUGGGUUAAAGUAGGCAUUUCAAACGCUUCACAGGAAGUGAGGCUGCUUAACAGGAAGCCAUUGAGGGGUACAAGCACUGUCGCUGUUAUUUUCCGACUUUCAGCAGCCCUGCUUUUUGUGUUUGUGAAACUCUGACUCUCUGCGGCAGCAUUGCAUGCUGUUCCAUCACCCUUGAAAGGUGUGUGUAACUAAGACGAAUGCAGGUCGAGCACAUGCACCUCAUCUUCCCCUUUUGUUCCUCGCAAACGAAAUCUCAUCUCGAAACUCAUAUUUUUGUGCUGUCCGAAGGGACUCAAUACGCUUACUACCUACAUUUCAGCUGGAGUUUAUUUAUUAAACUUAUUUAUUUUCAGAUCUGGGAAGUGCCUUUGAAAUAAUGCAGUUUCCUCCUUGAAAACAUGAAUAUAGUAACGCGACGGCUCUGAUAGAGGUGUUCCAGGUUGUGUCGGAUAUGUCAGGUCUGUUUACCUAAUCCCACAAUCCCCUAUUCAUGUAGAUUUACUAGUGUAGAGAUCCGGAUUUUAGAUCCAAGUGUUUGUCAAAUAUGUUUUGGAGCCACUGUUGCGAUGUAACCCCCCUCUUCACAUUUUAUUGUUACAUUUUUAAAAAGACAAGUAAUGUAGUCUUUCAAACACACAUUGCUGAUGUUUUUAGUAUUAGGUAAAGACUAGCUUCAUUGAAUAAACAUUAUGCAGUAUACAGUUAAUUGAAAAUAUAUAACAUUUAAGUUGUACGGUUUUGUUUUGUUCAUGUAUUUGUUCGAUUUGAUCCGUGUACUAAACAUUUUAAUAAAGGGAUGAAAUACA